CUUUCAUUUCAUCCCGCUUUGGUGGAAAAAAAAUAUCCUACUACCUUUUUUAUAUUACUAUUAAAUAUCCGCGAAAUUCCUAAAGAUGCUUGGGUCUCGGCGAGCCAUUUCAAUCUUCAAAUUCCUCGGGGUCAUCGUUUCCUUUGUGCUCCUCGUGCAUAUCGGAGUCCUCCUCAUCACCGGGCGCAACAACACGUCAGGGCAAAGCAUCUUUGAUGCAUGGACAAACGCGCUAUCGCAGCAAAAAAAGUACGGUGGGAACUCUGAGGUACUCGCCGAGGGGAUCAAGCCUGUACGCGGCGCUCUCGUAGCGCUUGUGCGCAACCAGGAGCUCUACGGGAUGCGCAAGACCGUGCGGGAACUGGAGGACCGGUGGAACCACAAGUACAACUACCCGUAUAUUUUCCUCAACAACAAGCCGUUUACUGAAAAGUUCAAGCAGGGGAUCCGCGAUCUGACAAAGGCUAAGGUUGAGUUUGGGGUGUUGGACAAGAACACUUGGGGCUAUCCCGAGUGGGUGGACCAGAUUAAGGCGAAGGAGGAGCGGGACUCGGCGAAGUACAUUAAGGGACACAGCGAGUCGUACCGCUUUAUGUGCCGGUUCCAGUCGGGCUUUGUGCAUAAGCACCCACUGCUGGCGGAUCUUGAGUUUUACUGGCGCAUCGAGCCCGAUGUCAACUACUACUGCGACAUUGACUAUGAUCCGUUCCUGUUUAUGAAGACUAAUGGGCUGAAGUACGGGUGGAAUAUCGCACCGACAGAGUACGAGCCGACAGUGCGCACGUUGUGGAACACCACGCAGGAGUUCAUGAAGAAGAACCCGCAGCUGGUCCCGGAUAAGAAUAUGAUCGAUUGGGUGCGCAACUCGGACGGGUCAUAUACGCGGUGCCAUUUCUGGUCCAACUUUGAAAUCGUCGAUUUUACAGAGUAUCAGGCGUACUUUGAUCAUUUGGACAAGUCCGGUGGGUUCUUUUAUGAGCGAUGGGGCGAUGCGCCGGUGCACUCGCUGGCGGUGGCUAUGUUUUUGAAGAAGAGCCAGGUGCAUUACUUUGAUGAUAUCGGGUACAGGCACCCGGCGAUGGCGCACUGUCCUGAUGGGUCCAAGGAGCGCGGCAAGUGCAUUUGCGAUCCUGAAGAUGGGUGGGCCCAUGGGUUCAGCUGCGCGAAGCGCUUCAGGAGUAUUUUCUGAAAUGAUAAAUAAAACAAGCAAUAGAAUUUACAGCGAUUAACCUUGA